UACAUAAUCAAUAUUAGGAGGCUAUGACUUUGUAAGCGUUUGUCACUUGUAUAUUGAGAUCUGUAAGAAUCAACACAAAAUUAAAAGUAAAUCGGUGCCACUAAAAAGCAUAGUUACCUAAAUAUAGUUGCAACACAUAAUAAUGUCAUACAUUGUAGACCCUGGAGCCCAAAGCUGUGCGUUCUAUGCGCUGGCGGGCUUAACGGGAUUCGUAUUCGGCGCCUACUUCCAGCAGGAAAUUGCGAUUCGUCAAUUGUUCUGGAUGAUAAAAACGGACCCAUAUGUGUUUCAUCAUCGACGAAAACUGUAUCCACUCCUGUCCACAUUUCGAACAGAUCAUGAAGCGAGAUUGUGGAAUCGUUCCAAUUGUCUUUCAAGCAAAAUACGCGAUCAUCUGGUCGUUCCGCUAUUUGAUAUGGUUACCAAUAUAUUUUUUACUAAGAGACCAGAGUCGCUAUCGCCCGAUUUGCUUGAUCUGAUGAAAUAUGGCCUGCCCAGCAUGGAGAAUUUAUAUGUGCACAAAGACUAUGUGGUCUCGCAGGACCUAAGUACCAAUGCUCCCAAGUGGAUGUGCGAACAUCUGCAGGGCAACUAUAAGAAGCUAACGACCGAGGCAGACGGCGAUGCACUGCACCUCCGCUACAAUGAUGCCUAUGUGCUAAGCUGCGGGGCCACGCGUGUUUGCAAGGCCUUUAAGCUCGAAAUUUGGCGUAAACUGGAAAAACAUGUUUCCCAAAUGACUGAGAAAUUCGGUUCGGUGUACGUUUAUACGGGCCCCAUGUACUUGCCAUCUUGUCGGCCCGACGAGGAUUGGACUUUGGAAUAUCAAAUUGUUGAUUGGAUUCCGUUGCCAACGCCAUCACAUUAUUUUAAGGUGCUCAUUAUUGAUCCACAGCUGCCGGAGUGUGUUCCCUAUAUGGAGGGCUACAUAAUAGAUAAUAAGCUGAAUUCAACAUGCAGCAGUACCGAAUUGACCGAUUAUCUGUGUGAUAUAGCCGAGAUUGAGCGGCAUACUGGCCUUCGCUUUUUCGAGGGUGUUCAAUCAACUGUGCGUUUCGAGAAAAAACAAUAUAAGACUGAAAAUCAACCAUCCAAUCUACAAUAUCUUAGUGAGUCUAUUCACUCAAUGCAUGCAAAUCGUCUCCGAAAUCAUCAGUUAUAAAUAAAAUUCAUUUUUAAAUUUC